AUGCGCGUUCCCAGCAGUCCCUGCGCCUCCCGCGCUGGCUCUAGCCCCGGCCCCAAAUCUCCAUGGCAACCCCUAGACACAAUCCUGGCCCAAAGGAGGAGCCCAAAGAUCAUGGUGAAGACACCAGAAGAGCUGGCAGACCCCGCCUCCCUUGCUCCUGUGUCCUGCCAGUGUCCCAGCUGGCUGCCAAGACCCCCACACCGCAGCAUCCCUGAAGACCCCAAACGGAAGAUUCCACAGGUCUGCCCCGCCCCUGGGCCCAGUGGAGCCCCGAUGGAACUGGCUCUCCUGCCCCAGAGGCUGCUGCUGCUGCUGGGGACAGCCACCUUGGCUGUGUCUGACCUGCAGACAGCCGACCUGGCGGAGCUGUGCGGGCGGACGUGGCACGGCGACGGGCUGCUGCUGCGCUCGCACGCGGCCUCGCGCAGGUUCUACUUCGUGGCUCCGGACACCGACUGCGGGCUCUGGCUGCAGGCGGCCGCCCCGGGCGACAGGAUCCGCUUCCAGUUCAGCUUCUUCCUGGUCUACAGCCUGACCCGGGCGGCGGCGCCGGAGCCGGCGCCCAACGCCUCCGCCCCGGCGCCCGCAGACCCCUGCUCCCCCGGCUCCUACGUGCAGCUCUACGAGGGCCCGCCCGGGGCGCCGCGGCCGCUGGGGGCCCCUCUCUGCGGCCUCACUAUCCCCGCCCCCGUGGCCUCCUCCGGACGCUUCCUAGGCCUGCGCCUGGUCACCAGAGGCCGCCAGCCGCGCGUGGACUUCGUGAGCGAAGUCACCUCUUUCCACUUGGGAUCCUGUGGUGCCUACUUCCACUGCCAGAACGGCAGGUGCAUUCCCCCAAGCCUGGUGUGUGACCCCUGGGGCAUGGACAACUGCGGGGAUGGCAGCGACCAGGGCUCCUGGCCACCAGCCAGCUGCAGAGGUCCCCCUCUGCCACCCAGCCAGGCAGGGAGCACAGACGACUCCUCCAAGCCCCAGACUCUCUCCACGGCUCUGGGUUCCGCGGGGAGUGCAGUGGAGAGGAGGCCCCCGGCAGGCUGGGACCCCGCUCAGCAGGAGGCAGCUCUGGAAGGCCCCGGGCUGCAUGCUGCGGCGCUGGCCUCCUUGCUGCUCCUGGCCUCAGCCGGCCUCCUUGUGGGCCUGCUUUGGUGCUGCUGCUCUUCGGGCUGGGCGGCCAGGCAACCGGGUGCCCGAGACCUGUGCCUCAGAUACGGUGCAGUCUGCAACAUCUGCUACCCAUGUCCUGGCCGCGUGGCCCCUGGGGAACUCCGGGGGCAGGGCCCAGCUUUCCAGGACCAGGGAGGCCUUCGGGAGACCGGGCUCUGACCGCCUGGCCUCCCACGGUCACUUAACUCUCGGGGUCUCACGAUGCCUCUCUGGGAAAUUGGACAGCUCCUGCCUCAAGCCAUGGUAAGGGUUGCGGAGGCAAAGCACACACAGGGCCCGGUCCCGUGGCAGCGCUGGGGCUAUCACUCGGCUGGGUCAAGGACAGGACAGUGCGACCCCCGUGCCCAGGGCAGGGCGCGGGCGCCUCGCUUCACACCUGGACCUCAGCAGCCAGCUGUGUCUCCGGCCAGCCUGCCCUCCAGUGCCACCGAGUCAAAUCCCAAAGAGGCACAGCAGACUCCCGGCGGGGAUAGCACCGUUUAUUAGGAAGAAUCAAGACAAAGACCACAGGAGGGUCCCUGCUGGGGCCCGAGGCCAGGCAUCCCAGUGCCAGAGUAUGGGGACGGCCGACCACUGGGUCCUCGGGCUGUCACCCCCCACUUCCUCCCAGUCGGGGUCUCAGGCGUCCCCACCCGAAGGCACUGGCUCUUCCUGACCACCAGCUCCUCCACGUCCCUGGGCCUUCACCUCCAGAAGAGUGAGGGGUGUGGCCAGGUGUGGGCUGAGCCCUCGGUGUGGGUGCUCCAGGGAGGAGUGGGGGCGGGACCCUGGGCGGUGGGAGGGUGGUGGGAAGGGGGGGCUCUGCCAGGGGUGGUGGCCUGCGCUGGGUGGAGGUGGCGGCUGGGAGGGGCUGGCAGGGAAAGGGUGAGCUGCCUUCUGCUCUACAAGGGGCGCUAAAGACUUUUCCAGCCGACUGGUAGGUGGCAAGGCCCUGUGACGCCCCUUAGGCAGUCAGCUGGGGGGCACCAGGUGGUGAGCUCAGCUGGUCCUCAGGAAGCAGGGCUACCCAAGGGCUUCCCCAGUGGGCAACCCAGUUCUACUUUCGGGGGCUCCAUCAGGGCAGGAGGAGUUGGGAUACAUCUGGGCGCACCAGCCACUGUCCCCGACCUCAAGUCUUGGUGGCUUUCUGAGUGAGGCAACAGACCCUCCCACCCGCCUUGCCCACUGGCCUCAGGGCCUCGCCACACACGUGAGAGGCUGGCACGCCCACCCUCCAGUCCAGCCCAGGGCAGUAGCAGCAAAGCGUGGCAUUGCCUCAGUUUCUUACAAAAAACUCAUAAUAAUAAUAAAAUAUUAAUAA